UGUUAAUGUUCUGGGUAUGUUUCUGCGCUUCAACGGGCCACACUGGUCACCUGACAUAACAACAUUAGACCAAUCGAAAUGAACAAAUGUUUUAGAUACCAGCCCCGGAUUUUGCUUUCCCAACUUAGCCUGCCGCGAUGUUAUGCCGCAGUUCAAACGGAACCACCGUCGCCGGGACAAAAGAAGACCGUAGUGGUGGGUCUGAGCGAGAAACCCGAUCCCAAAUCGGUCAAGUGCGACUACAUAGGACCGCCGGACGCCCAGUCCAAUCUCCGGCCGUAUGUGCGGCACUACGACGACGAUGAGACGCGGCUGGCCCGGAAUCUGCGGCUCAAGCGGAUCGAGGUGGAGGCGUGGAACACGGACUUCUGGACGCGGCACAACAAGCGUUUCUACGAGGAGAAGGAGGACUUCAUGCGUCUGCACAAGGAGAGUGGAACUGAGGAUGUCUCCGCGGAUCAGAUGAGCCACUUCUACAAGGCGUUCCUCGACAAGAACUGGCGCAUCCACAUGAUGUACAACCUGUCCUGGUACCUCAAGAACUUUGAUAUCCUCACCCUGGCGGCCGGAGUCCAGCUCCAGAGGCUUCUCGCUCUGGCCAAGCGGAAAACUUGAGCUUAAAUCCCCAAUAAUCCUUACCAUUAGUUGAGAAAUAAAACAAUUUGUGUGUAAAA